AUGUCUGAGCGUCGUCGACCCUUAUCAACAUUACCUUUAUCUCGUUUCAUCCCAGUCACAUCAUUAAUACCUUCACCUUCUUCCAUACCCAUCAAAAGAAGACCUUCAACACCGGCCGAAUCAAAUAUCAACAACCCUCCUCCCAGCCCUGGAAGGGUCAGGGCGCAAUGCGUAGCAGAGGAAGAAGAUGUUAUGGAACAUACUGUGAAAAGAAGGAGAAAAAGUGAUUUGACACCUCGUGCAAUAGUAGAAUUAGAGAAACCUGUUUUUGGUUUAGGUAGAAGUCCAGCUAGACGUUUGUUUGGUCAAGGGGAUUCACCCAUCAAUUCAGGUUCACCAAAUGGUACAACUAGUAAAUCUGGAUCAGGAAACGUUGUUUUUACAGCUCCGAAAGAAGAAACUGGGAAAUUAUCACCUUCACCAUCUAUCGAUCUUACUUCUGAAACUUCACGCCGGUCAGGGGUUAUUGAUUCUACCAUUCCUGUAUCUCAACAUUCUACUCGAUCUCAUUCAACACAUACUUCCUCAACGACUGCUCCAUCCACACCUUCCACACCUUUUACACCUUCUAGAUUAUCUACUCAGCCUGGGAUGACGAAGUACGAAGAUAUACAUGAUCCCGGCUUUACCAUAUUGGCUGAUUCAGCUCCCUCGGCACCUCUCACACCGAGGAGUAAAACCAUUCGUAACAUCUCGGAACAUCCCGAUCUGUCUUUAGAUGCACAAGCACAUCUACCUUCUAGUCCUACGUCGACGAUAUGGGAGGAAAAUGAUCAGGAGAACAUCGCACCUGCUAGGAAUGGAGAAGAUGAGGGAACACCCAAGUCGAAAGCUGGGAUGAGCAAAGGAGAAAAAGGAUCGCCAAAAGUUCGUGCGAUCGCUGGAUUGAGAGGCGGGCCGAUGAAGGAUGGAGGGAAUGUACAAGGGAGUCCUAGUAGGACAGGGAGGAGUAAACUCAGUCAUGAGCUUGAGUUACAUACCCCAUUGAGGUGA